AAGUAUUGUGAGAGGUGUAAGCUCCUAGACUCCAACACAAUUGUGUUAAAGCUAUAUUACUGAAAUCUUAAGACUUACACACAAUAUUUACAAACUGGUUUCAGUUCAGACCUGGUGUCAAUUAUAACUCUAUACCGAAACAGACUGACAGUGAGGAAAAUUUAUCUCAAUUUUUUGACACGUUGUGAAAACUUGAAGUGAAGUUCAUCAAAGUUUGAUCAUUAUGGCUGCCAGUCCCGAUCAGAUACCAGUCAUGUCCGAGGAUAAAGGUACGGCUCCCAUAAAGGCCGAAGCCUUGUUAGAUGCGGCUAAGAAAAUGAUGGCCCCUGAGUACCAGGCUAUAGUUCAGCAACUUCUACAGGCCAUGCCUGGUCAAGAGGAGAUGCUGAUCGAGAACAUUGUACGUCCUUUCAUCCUGUCUGACGAUGACUAUAAAGAGAUCAUGCAGCGCAUGCGACAGAGGUUUGAUGAAGGCCUUGGAAAAGAGACGAAUCCUACUGCCUCCGUGAAGAUGUUCACAACAUAUGUCCGAGGUGUACCUGAUGGCUCAGAAAAUGGAGAGUUCCUUGCUCUUGACCUUGGUGGCACUAACUUCCGCGUCCUGCUUAUUUCCCUCGACGGACAGGAAGUGAAGAUGGAGAGUAAAAUUUUCCUGAUUCCACAACAAAUUAUGUUGGGCAGUGGUAUUCAGCUCUUCGACCACAUCGCAGAAUGUAUAUUCAAAUUUAUGAAGGAGCACAACAUCAUCCACAAGAAUAUUCCACUUGGGUUCACCUUUUCUUUCCCUGUAAACAACUCGGGCCUUAACAAGGCCAUACUGGCCCACUGGACUAAGGGCUUCAAGUGUGAGGGUGUCGAGGGGGAGGAUAUUGUACGCCUGCUUCACGAGGCUAUACAGAGGAGAGGGGACAUCAAUGUAGAAUGUCUGGCAGUCAUCAACGACACCGUCGGUGCUCUGAUGUCAUGUGCCCAUAGCAACAGGAAGUGUGCCGUGGGCCUCAUUCUGGGUACAGGAACUAAUGCCUGUUAUAUUGAACGUAUCGAUAAUGUGGAAUUAUGGGACGGUGAUGAUGAGGAACCACGUGAGGUGAUGAUCAACACAGAAUGGGGAGCAUUCGGAGACGACGGGGCUCUCGACUUCAUCAAAACCGAUUACGAUAGAAAGGUCGACAAAACCUCUAUCAACGCUGGUAAACAGACAUAUGAGAAAAUGAUUUCUGGAAUGUACAUGGGAGAGAUUGUUCGACUCCUACUUGAAAAGCUCCGAAAGGGCGGCCAUUUAUUUGGAGGCAAGGGUUCCGAAGAAUUAUCUACAAGGGGCCGGUUCUACACCAAAUAUGUGUCAGAAAUCGAGAGGGACAUGAGAAAUAGAAUGACUGGUGAUGUUGAUGAACAUUUUAAGAAUACCAAGCAAGUGUUUGAGGAGUUGAAUCUGGAGAAGUACACAGAUGAAGAUUGUCGUAUCACUCAAUAUGUGUGUUCCCUGAUAUCGACCAGGGCUGCCUACUUAGCUGCUGCAGGUAUCGGCUGUAUACUUAACAAGAUGCAGCGUCCCGAUGUUACGGUGGCUGUUGACGGAUCCCUGUACCGUUUCCACCCACACUUUCAUGAUCUCAUGGUGGAAAAACUCAACCAGAUUGUAGAGCCUGGAAUCAAGUUCAAGUUGAUGUUGUCACAUGACGGUAGUGGAAAAGGCGCUGCCAUAGUAACCGCUGUAGCACACCGGCUACGACAGAACAAGAGUAGCAAUCAGUUAGACGAGCUUGCAGAGGCGGUACAGAAACAAGACCUGGAGGGACAUUGACCAAUCCUGAAUCUUAGUCACCAGAGCUCUUCUUCAAUGACUGAUGAUAUUCAGUCAAAAUCAUUUCCUUGUCCUCUGUAACAGUCAAACUGCCAAAAAUGAGAAAUAAAUGAGAAAGAAAAACACUGGAGAUUAUCAAACACAAUAACAGACAUUUAGCUUUGUGACAGCCACGACUGUGAUUUAUAAACUUCGUCAGCUACUAGUUCAAGUUUUGGAUGAAAUCCUGUUUUAGAUAUCUUGAAAGUACAUGUCUGGCACAAUUUUGGAAAGGUCUGCUUCUUUUAUAUGUUUGAAUCCAAUGGACCUGCCAAAGAAUGGAUUGUGUUCCAUUGGUUUCUAGACGAUGAUAAUAUAAGCAGACUCCGGCAGCUUAUCAUGUAAACAAACCUCUGUUUUCGGUGUACGCUUCAAUUUUGUGAUGUAGAACUUGUUGAAGAUGUUUUAUUUAUAGAUAUCCUCUGUUAUCAUGGUGUGUGUAUGACUGUUGCCAUAGCAAUGCAAGUUGGCUCUUGUUUUUGAGUAUGUACGGGUGAAUGUUAGUGUGUGUACGUGUGUGGGUGUGAGGAUGUGUAUGUGGGCGUGUUUCACUAUAUAUCUAUUAUAUGCAAAUUUUAUGUAUUCCUAGAUUAACAGAUAUCCCAUUUUAUGUGUUGCCCAUUCAUUCUAAAUGUAUCAAUCACCGAUUGUUUGCUUUUUUAAUGUGAUUCAUGUACAUUUUAAAUAAGCUGCAUACUUUUAAAAUCUGAAGAAAAAAAAUUGAAACUUAAACAUAAAAAAUCCAGAUGAAAAUUAUGCAGCUUCAUACAGUGUUCAUUUACAUUCAAAUGUAUUUUAUCAAUACAUAUGUUACCAUGGUUACUGAUGAUUUAGCAGUAAACAUGUAAGUAGAUCAGAACCAUUCCAUCCCCUAAGAGUAUCGCGGUAUGUGAUGAGAGGGGUUAAAACUUACCGGUCCCCACAAAUCUCAUAUCCAUCGUUAUAAUGUCAUGUGUGCAAUGGUUGGCCCAGUUUAUCAAAGGCUGUUUAUAAUACUAAUCUUAAUCUUGUGAUGCUUAUUUUUUAAAGAAGUUACUAAUGGUAUAGAAACUGUGGAUUCAUGAACACUUUUGUUUUCAUAUCUAAAUGAUCUGAAACUCUACUUUGUACAUUGACCUUCAAAUUUCCAUGUCACUUCACUCUUCUGUAAGAAAAUUUUCAAACAUGUCAAAUUUCAAAUUCUUUUAUUCUGUAAUGCAACCUGGGCCGAUUUGUUCAAAUUGUGAUAAGGCUAAUCAAAAUUUAACAACAGUUUCAAAAUCCUGAUAAAAAUGAUUUGUGGUAAAACUGACUUGGCAAAUUUUGUUGAAACUACAGCACUUGUCUCUUUAUACCAGCCUGUUUUAAGUAACAUACACACUCAGGUUUUGAUGUAAAGGAGAAAUUUUAUUUUCAGUAAUCAAGUGAUUAUAAGCUAAUCACCUUGUGAACGACUGGGUCCUGAUUGUCAGGUUUACCAUUCAGACAGAAAAAAAUUGUGAAUAUAAGAAUCAUAUUAGAUAUAAUAUUUAACUAUAUACACCAAAUAAUAUAUACCAGAGUCAUUACGUGUUAUAUGUAAUGAAUCCUAAUGGAGCUGUGAUUAACAGGGGAUUUGUAUUGUGUCAGCUUUCGUGUCACAACAAAGACAACAGAAUAUGACAUUUUAAACUUCUCACUGCAUUGUGAGGUAAUGGAAGAACAAAUCUUCAAAGCAAUAUUGUUGGUAUUUUUAGUUUCAGAUCAAAUCUUGAAAUCGAUAUUGUUGAUAUUUUCGGUUUUGUAACAGUGUAAGAAAAUGAUUUUUAGCAAAUAUUUAUAAGAAAUCUUAGUUGUGUGAUAAACCGAAUCUUAUGUUUGGUUUCCAUUUCAUAUGAGAUUGAUGAACUUCAUAAACGAUUUCGUUUUAUCUCAUCAGAGGCUUUCUUAAGUGUGAACAUUUCUUCAACUCUUUUUUAAAUCUUCUAUGAAAUGGAACAAAUAUAAGAUUUGGAAAAACUUUUUUAUAGUUAUUCUUGGUUAUGUACGUAGUAGGACACAUCAGAUUUUUGUUCACCUUUUGUUUAGCUGCUCCUGAGGAGGGGAUUUAUAGUUAAUUUUCAUUACCAUUGUGUUCUAGAUGACAUCAAAAUCACAUUUGUUUAUUGGAGGGAUCAGAUUAUGACUGCUUGAGGAACAAAACAGACAAAAAUUAUUCUUCAUUUUCCCCAAAACAGACAAAAAUAUUCUUCAUUUUCCCCCAUAUCUAAUGUACCUGUACCAGAACAUUAUCGACCAGGAUUUAGAAUCAAAUGCCAGUGAAAACAUAUAUGUUUGAGAUUCAAAUAAUGGGAGAACAUGCUUAAGUAAUCUUCAAAUCAUUUUUUAUAAAAAAUAAAAAAUAAACAAAAAAACAAAACAUGAAAACCUGUUGGAACUCUAUACAUUCAAUUAUCAAUUCUCUGAUUUUUUUAGACAGAGUGAUUUGGUGUUUUAAUUCUCUCACAGACAUGUUGGAUUAAUGGAAUCUUUGACUCCCUAGGGAUCAGAGAGGAGAGUCUCGACCAGAGGGAGAGGUUGUUGACAUGGCUACCAAAAUGUUUGGCAAGUUCAGAGCUUCACCAAAACAGUUGAGAUCCUCCUUUCAAAAAUAUUCAGAAAAUUAUUGAAAUAUGCAUGUGAAUAUAUAGAAAUUAAAUUUUUACUGUUCUCAACAUGGAACACACAAAAAGCUCUUUUAGAUCUGAUUUACUUUUAAUGUUGAUGCUAGAAAUGUGUUGAACAUUUGCUUGAAUGAAAUAAAAUAUUAAAGGUUAUUAAAAUAUUAUAUCGAUUUGUCUCCCGUUUGUUAUGCAUGUUUGUUUAGGAAAAGAUCUGAUUUUUAAUGGAGCAGUCAUUUUGAUGGAUAUUAUCACCAUACCUACAGCUGCCGUCAUAACAAGCACAUACUGAAUUGCAUUUUACAGUCCUAUAAAUCUCUUAUUACCAUGCAAAUAUAAAUAUAAUGAUGAUGAAAGCAAUGUAAGAAUCUGUUUUAGAUCUGUUACAGCAUUUCAAACGAACUAUUCCAGGUAUCUGAAUACAUGUAUAAAAAAUCUUCAUUAAAUUUUGAGUAGAGGAUUUGUCAUAGAAUUCACGUGUCCUUCAUGCAGAACCAGGGUUUUUUUUUGUUGUUUUUUUCAAACAGAAUACAGAUGUAGUUAUAUUUGGGAUCAAAAUAUGUUAAAUUAACAAAUUCCUAGGCUCUAGUUGACAGAAGAAUUCAUUUUGGAGGAAGGGAUAUUAGAACUAUUUUUUGCAUCAUGUUUUUGAUUAAAAGAUGUAUUGUUCAAAUAUCUCAUCAUUGAAGUCCAUAUAUGGUAAAUUCUUUGUGAAUGGAUCAUAUCUGGCCCUUCAUGCAUCAUUGAUGUCCUUAUAUGGUAAAUUCAGUGUGGAUCAAAUCUAGCCCUUCACGCAUCACUGAACAUCAUUGUAAAUUUAAACACGCUCUUAUUUAUGGGAAAGACAUUUUGUUUUUUGUUUUUAUUGCAAGUUGUUAUUUACAUGUUCAGUAAAAAUGUUCUUAUAAAUGUGCUAUGUACACAUAACUGUAAAUAAAAAAUAUGAAAUUUA